AUGAGCAGGAGCCCCUCCUUUCAGGCACAACCAUUGUUCAUGGAAGACAUGACGUCAGGGAGAAAUGUCGCGGAUGUGAAAGGAAAUCCAAUAGUCUUGGUAGCUGAUCACCAAUCGGCCUUUGCACUAGUACCAAAGAGGAUUUGCUCGCAGCCUCUUGCAGCAUCUCUACAGUACCCUUGGUACUAA